ACUGAUAUUAAAGUGGAGGAUGAAGAAGAGCGGAUGAUGGGCGAUCCCCCGUGUAAGAGUGAGGUGGAGGAGGACAUUCCAGGAGAUGUCACCACAGAAAAUCCCAGUAAACACUGUAAUGGAAAUGUUGUAUUAUCACUAAAUUAUAAAGUAGAAGAUGAAGAUAUCAUGCAGUGUUCUUCAGGAGAAAAUCUCAUUAUCCAUAGUAUACAUCCAGGACAUCACAGUACAAACCUACCUUAUAAUCGCUCUAAUCAUGAUGAACCUUCCACUGACCAGUCACAGAUUGUUACAGCAAGUACCGGUCAGAAAGGGGAUAAAAGGUUUCACUGUGGUAAAGAAUUUAUAAAAACACCAAAAAUUUCUACACACAGAAGAAAUCCUUCAGGAGAGAAGCCAUACUCAUGUUCAGAAUGUGGAAAGUACUUCACAAAGAAAUCACAUUUUGUUAUGCAUGAGAGAGUUCACACAGGAGAGAAACCAUAUUCAUGUUUAGAAUGUGGGAAAUGUUUUACACAGAAAUCAAGCCUUGUUAUACAUCAGAGAAAUCACACAGGAGAGAAACCAUAUUCAUGUUCAGAAUGUGGGAAAUGCUUUACCCAGAAAGUAAGUCUUGUUACACAUAAGAGAUGUCACACAGGAGAGAAGCCAUAUUCGUGUUCAGAAUGUGGGAAAUGUUUUACGGAUAAAUCAGGCCUUGUUAAACAUGAGAGAAGUCACACAGGAGAGAGGCCAUAUUCCUGUUUAGAAUGUGGGAAAUGUUUUUCCCAGAAAUCAUGUCUUGUUAUACAUGAGAGAAGUCACACAAGAGAGAAGAAAUUUUUGUGCUCAGAGUGUGAGAAAUGUUUUACUACUAAAGCCAAAUUUAAGAAGCAUCAAAGAAGUCACACAGGAUAGAAGCCAUUUUAAUGUUUUAUAUGUUGAAAAUGUUUUGAAAGGAAAUCAAAUUCUAAAACUCAUUUUUUGGACUAUAGAAAAUACCAUAAGUUAAAAAAAUGUUACACCCAUGUUAUUCAGAGAUAGGUAAAUACCUGGCUACAUGGCAACAUGUAUAGCAUGCCAGCAAAUCUUAGAAGUCUUGCUGUUGUGUAGCUAUUUUACAGCUGAGAUUUUACUGUAACAAGAAAUCGGCCAAGUUGGCACAUGACUUGCAUUGUGUUCUAUGAUGACAAAGACGCAUAUGACCUGCAACCAUAUUUCCAAAUGUUGGCUUUUAUGUGACUGUUAUGGCAUAACACAGAGGUGUGGUUAGACUUUCCUGCACCCGUUAUGCUCACCGUUCUGCCCAUUAGCAGUAAUUUUGGACACCUUUGUGCCCCCUCACAGUAGUUGUGUCCUCCUUGUGGCCCCUCUUUGUAGUUAUGUCCUCCCUGUGCCCCCCUUUAGCCACUAGUGCCCUCUCCAGCUCCAUGAAAAAAAACACAAAUACUUACCUGCUUCUCUGAUGAUUGGCACAUCCAUCCGAUGGAGAUUAGUUGAGUGGUGAAGCAGGGAGCAAAUGGCUCCCUGCUUCACUAUGUAAAGGAACUGUCCAGAGGCUGCACAUGUACAUUCCUGCGGUUUAAUGGUAAACCUAUUCUAGAUACUGGAGUUGAAUAAUAUGUCAGUGGUUGGAAUCGCUGGUGAUGUCACAUCUGUUAAUUAAAGGGGUUGUCCAAAUUAUUUUUAUUGAUUACCUAUUCUCAGGGAUCGCAGUAACUUCAAAAUAAUUAUUGCUUGUCGUUCGAUUGCUCACUGCUGUUACACUACUUGAUAAUUGAUCACUUCAUUGAUUUUACGUUUUUUUUAAUGACUCGUGUAAAUGGCCUUAAGUAAUUCCAAUUUUAAAAUCAGAUGAGUAGGUUUAUUGGCGAAAACUGUGCAAUAGAAAGGAGGCUUUAUUACCUGUCUCUAGCCUGAAUACAAGAUGAGAUACAGCCUCUAGUCUGGAUACAAGAUGAGAUACGCCCUCUAGCCUGGAUACAAGAU